CAAGUUCAAAUAAUCGCCAAAAAAACGCGCUUUUUCAAAUCUUCGAUAACUCUCUCUCCCUUUUUAAUCACUUUUCUUGUUAUCGUUUCACUCUACUCACGUCACUGGAUAUGUCUUUUUUUCAAUUUUGAAUAAAAAUGAAUGACAAUUGCAUUUUGGAUUUUCUGUUCAAUCUUUUAGACUUGUAGUACUCGUUGUUAUUAGCUAAUAAUCGUAAAUUAGUGUUAAUUGAUUUUGUUAAUCUUUCUCAUUGCUGGCUUAUGUCGGCUACUUAACUAUUUUAAUUCACUGCGCUAAUAAGUAUGUUGUUUGGAUUUUCUGCAUCAAUGGCUUCAUGCAGCAGAAAAAAACAAAUGUGAAAAAACAGAAUAUUUUUAUAAAAUGAGAAGAUGAAGGAGAGAGAAAGAUAGGAAAAUUUAGAGAGAGAAAGAGGCUAUAAAGGAUUGUUGAAGUAAUAAGCUGUUACUUCUAAGUUUUGCUUUCUGGAUUAAGCAUUUGAAGAUUUGUGAAAAUGGGGUUUGUGGAGCUUUUGUAUGUUGCUUCAUUGCCGGUAGUAAAAGUGUUACUGAUAACUGGACUUGGAUUGUUUCUUGCACUUGAUUACACAGAUGUGUUGGGAGCAGAUGCAAGGAGUAAAGUGAACAGUCUUGUGUUUUAUGUGUUUAAUCCAUCGUUGGUUGGUAGCAAUUUGGCAGAAACAUUAACAUCUGAGAAUGUUCUUACUUUGUGGUUCAUGCCGGUCAAUGUUCUUAGCACAUUCAUAUUAGGUUCAGCUUUAGCAUGGGUUGUGAUUAAAAUUACAAGGCCUCCAAAGCACUUGGAAGGUCUCAUAUUAGGUUGCUGUUCUGCAGGAAAUCUAGGAAACUUGCCUAUAAUCAUUAUUCCAGCUAUAUGUAAAGAGAAAGGAAGUCCUUUUGGUGACCCUGACCUCUGUCAUAAAUAUGGGAUGGCUUAUGUUUCGCUUUCUAUGGCGAUUGGAGCAGUUUUUCUGUGGACAUAUGUUUAUAACAUAAUGCGAAUUUCAUCAAAUAAAGCCAAAUUGAUGACUUCAGGCAUGAUCUCAGAUUCACAACAAAACAAUAAUAUUUCAGAAACACUUAACUCAGCAAAAGAUGCCCCAGAAGAUGCAUAUACUCUACUGCUUCCAAAUACAGAAUUUCAGGAAAAGGUUUCAUUCUCAGAUAAAAUUAAGCGACAUUCGAAGAAAAUUUUAGACAAUAUCAAUUUCAAAACCGUUUUUGCACCAUCAACCAUUGGAGCAAUUAUUGGGUUCUGCAUUGGUGUAAUCACCCCAAUAAGGAAGUUAAUGAUUGGCAAUGAUGCUCCACUUCAUGUGGUUGAAGAUUCUGCAGCCAUGUUAGGUGAAGCAGCCAUCCCAACAGUCACUCUAAUAUUAGGAGCAAACCUCCUUAAAGGUUUGAAGGGAACAAGUACUCCAACAUGGACAAUUAUAGGAAUUAUAGCAGUGAGAUACAUUUUUCUUCCAAUAUUAGGUGUUGUAGUAGUUCAAGGUGCAAUCAAAUUGGGUUUGGUGCAACCAGAUCCAUUAUAUCAGUUUGUCCUUUUACUUCAAUAUGCAAUGCCUCCAGCUAUGAAUAUAGGAACUAUGGCUCAAUUGUUUAGAUCUGGUGAAAGUGAAUGCUCUGUUAUUAUGCUAUGGUCAUACGCUUUUGCGUCUAUAGCUGUUACUCUUUGGUCAACCUACUUCAUGUGGCUAGUUGUUUGAUUUUGUAUUAACACAUGGAUAUUAUUAUUUGAUUGUUAUUGAUUGAUAUUUUAGCUUAA